CUCUACCUUGACGCGCGUGACUCGGCGACACUUCCCCGACUCCUCUGCCGCUCUGCUUCGCCAUUGUGUGUGUGUGUGUGUGUGUGUGUGUGUGUGUGUGUGUGUGUGUGUGUGUGUGUGUGUGUGUGUGUGUGUGUUUAGUUCGGUGAGCGCUGUGGUGGAGGCAGCUGCGCGGACGACGGCGGAGUACAAACACACAAACAAACAAGCAAGAAAGGCGUAUUAACGUCCGGAUUCUGCUCCGGUUCUGCUCCGGUUUCUCCUCCUGACUGUCCGCAGCUCCACUCCCGGCCUCUCAGACCGACGACACCCAUGCAGCAGAGGAGACCCUGGAUGGGACUGACUACAUGUGGUGAGUGACAGAAACCUUUAAAGCCCCGAGUCCUCUGCGAAAACGGGAUUAUGGUCCCGUAACAGACAGAAGAAAGAACCCUGCUAAUGUCGGUAGACCUGACUCUGGUUUGACAGCGGUAAUAGUGAAGUUUGUUGUUGAAUUGUUAAAGAUUACAACCGUCUCUGACUGCAGUCUGGUGUGACGGCUCUGGCCGGGUGCGGGUGCCUGGUGGCGGGACAGGUGGUGGGGAGCAGCCGGUGGCCUGAGCUCCCGGAGGAUCUGCAAACCAGCUGCUGCUUUGACAGCUGAGCCACCGGGUCACCCGCGGUGAUUUAUUCACCGUGAACCGACCGUCAGAUCAGAAAAUACCGAGCAGAGAAGAGCUGAGAACAUAUAUUCAAAGUUUAAGCAUUGUUGUGUUGAACACUGACAGUGUUUGGAGAUUAGUGUCGGCUGUUAACCGUGUGGUACAACUUUAAAUAUUCUUUCAAAGUUCCCGAAGUGGGUUUGAAUGAAGGUUUUGGUUCACUGCAUAGCCAUCAUAUUCGACUUUCUGAUUGUACUAGUCACUGAGACGAAGUGGAGAAUAUUCAAAUCGUUGAAUAAACUUGAUUUUUUUUUAGAUUUUUGAGGAAAUGACGGAUUUUGAUACUUUUCAAAAUGUGUUAGAUUUGCUCCAAACAGAAUAAAGAAAGGUAGUUUCAUAAUUGGAAAGAUGUAGCGUUAUUUUAAAGUUUGUCAUUUUAAAUAAGGAAACACCAGCUUGUUCUGUGAUGACCACUUUGUUGCAUGGUAACAGUGGAAGAGGCUGCUUGAGUCACUUUGAAGUGCCUUAAUUAGGCAAUCGCAAGACACAAAGACACAAAAGUUUGAGAAAGAAAAUAAAUUUUUGAGCUUUAAACCAUGUUCAGCUACUAACAAAGCCACCAGAGGGACAAAAUGCUUUUAUGAGUAAAGGUAGUUUCUGUUAUCUGGUGCCUGAUGCAUUGCCUAUUAUAACAAUAACAUCAUGGUACAGUGGUACAUGGUUCUGCUAUAAGUGAGAUAUUAAUACUACAGACUUUUGAAUCCCCCCUAAAUUUUUUACACUUUCCAAACCUGAAACUAAAUCAGAAAAUGAAAUAUAUGUAAAUAACUCCUAUUUUUUAGAUUUUAUGAUACAUUCAAACCAUUGAAAAUAAGGCAAAUUCUAUUAAACUUUAGUCUUUAACCUUUCAAGCCGUGACAAUAACGAUUAUGAUAUGAUUAUCAGGUAAUAACAUCAGGUGUAACUGUUAGUUAAUGUAGUUUGACCUUCUUUUUAUUUAUUACCAGUCUUGUCAGGUUGUUUAGGCAUAGGAGUAAAGAAAAGCUUUACGCAAAAGUCCCUAGAGUGCUACUUUGAAAUGAGUUUUUUUUGUUUAACCUGAUAAAUUCCAUCAAUUAUUAGUGAUCUUGUACAAAAAGGACCUUUUAAAGCCACCUUAAAAGUUGACAAAGGAACUUAUAGUUGUCAGUAUAUUGAGGGCUGUGAAGUCAAGGCUUCUCAGGUUGUGUUGUCAUGAGAGAUCAGAAGCCUGGGAGGGGUCGAAGGUCGGCGUCCUGUAUGCUUCCUGGUGUGGAAUCAGGGUUUAAAGGAAAGAAGAAGAAUGCGGUCGAGCAGCAGUUUAAAAAGUGGAGCAGGCGGAGCCAGUGAGGGUUACAGCAGACUGACAGACGUUCACUCUGCCCUCAAUACAAUCAGCACUUUGUGUGUGUUAUGUAAGGCCUCCACAUUGAACUCACACUCUCUGCAUGAAGCCAGUUACACUCGAUGCUGAUACCAGAGCUUACUGACCGAGGCCAGGAGUCAAAUGUAAGACAGAGAGAGAGAGAGAGAGAGAGAGAGAGAGAGAGAGAGAGAGAGAGAGAGAGAGAGAGAGAGUUCAGCUGUUGUAUUUCUGUCUGUGCUGCUGAUAGCCACAUGAAGAACACACAAAAGUGGACGUGGCCAACUCUAAUCAAUCCCAGUCCUUUUAGUGGUCUGUCUUGUUUUUUAAAGCCAGGGUAGACCAUAUUUGGGUGAGUGGGUGGAGAUUGCUAGUAGUGAGGGGUCAGCAAAUAUCAAAGCAGUCUGUGAUCAAGGCUAACCAAAUAGCUAGUCAAUCAGUUACAGUAAGCUUACACACAGGUACCUGCUAAUUGGUGCUAACAUGGAUAAAACAAAACUGUGAUGAGACAGAGUAUAAGACUGUUAUUCAGACCUGUUUAAUGGCAUUUUCGUCCUAUAAACUGUACAGGAAAACAGAUUAUUCAUCUGAUAUUUGCAUCAACAAACCCUCAGCACAAGGAGACCAGAGGUCCAGCCAUUAAAUUAGCACCUCGCCAAUAGCUAGAAGCUUUGAUUAGUCAAAGAAGCCAUGCCCUUGAAAAUGCAGAAUUUUAAGCCUUAGUAUAACUCAAACAGGUGAGUAAUCUAAAAAAUAUAUAUGUUGGAGAAAAAUGAUCCAGGGACAUUAUUAAGGGAGUAUUUGUAGUGGCAGAUAAUAGCUUAAAAGGUUAAUUAUCAGUAUCAGCAUGCAUGAAAAUUCUUGCUAAUACAUUAUCUGCCAGAAAAGUGACACAUUAAGUGUUUAAUACUUACUGAAUGGACCUUAACAAUAAGAGUAACAGGGAUAUUCUACCUUGGAAAAAAAAAGGACUGUAUAUAUUUGUAGUUCAAUCUGUACUUGUCAGAAUAUGUUUGAAUAUAUCUGCAGUAGAAUUAUGCAUUCCUUCAAAUGAGCCACAGAGACCAAAAUUGUUUGGCUGUGAACCUGUUCAUUUACGUUGUUGGACAUUUAACAUGGGGAUUGACUUACCUUUAGGGACAGCCUCAAGUGGAUACUUAAGGAACUGCAGGUUUGACACUGUGACUCAUUUAAAGUUGUAGUGAGUAAGGCCAGAUUAUUGUACAAUGCAUAGUAGAUGUUUUUAUUUCAGGAUAAGCUGCUCUAUUGCAGUGGAGAACAGAGGCUACAUGGCCGUAUUGGUUUUUCCUCCAAAACUGGGUCAAGCUCAGUUGUCUAGUGUAAAGCCAACUUUAGUUUCACUUUCUUUACUGUUAAACAAAACCACUUGACUUUUUUUUCUGCCAGCCUGGAAGGGGAAAAAGUAAGCGUCCAAUAAGUCCUGGGACGUAUUUUUUAAGGUUAAGUGUCAACAACAGAAAUGAACUGACUGAUGGAUGAGUCAUAGUGGUGACUCUUCUGAGAAACCGAGAGAUAAAACCACUGUGACACACGAUGAGAGCAAAAUGAUGCAAAAGUUUGUUUUUGUUUCACACAAUUAUAUAAACUGAAACACUCACUCACUGAGGGAAACCUGCAGAAGAGACUCAUGAUUUCUUCACUUCUUAUAGUGUCAGUUUCCCUUCAGUGACACGGGUCAGUUAUCGGCAGUGAUGAGGAACACACUCAUCGGCUGAAUUAUUACCAUCAACACACACCCAUUUACAAACCUGUUUAUCAGUCCUUCUUCCUCUAAGUUUCAGCUCAUUAAAAAUACAUUUCAGCUUUAUUUAGAGUGACAGGAACAGCCAGAAUUAAAGGUUAAAGUUGACUGGAAACAAAAAAUUCAUUAUCUAAUUUUUCCUGUGACUGAGAACUGUGAAUAAAAGCUUAAUUUUAGACAGUCAGCAGCGACAUGUUUUUGCAUGUCCGGCUUAGCAUUGAGGGCAGACACACACGAGCUGUUAGAGGGGGAGGAAAUAGUUUAAAACUGUCUGGAGGCAACACUCUGAACCAACCUCUCUGCAGAAUGCUCCAAGCUCCUUCAGUGAGUUUUUAUUUAGUUAUGAAACACUGUGAAAGUAAUGCUGAUGCAUCAUUAUGACCUAGAAAAACAAACCCCAGAGUCAUAAUGAAAAAAGUGUUUAUUUUAUUCAAACCACUGCGACACAUACGCAGGACAAGGUCAGCAAAAGCAUAAGGUGUUCUGCUUUGUCUACAGGAGGCGCCAAAGUCAACACACACCAAAGUUUUGAUGCAAGAAAAUAAUACCAUAUACACGGAGUUUAUCCCUGGAAACUUAUCGGUCUCACAGAGAGAGUGGAUUUUAUUAGUCUUGAAACUACACUUUACAGCUUCUAGCUACUGCUCACAGUUUUACGUUGUUGGACACAUUUUGUAUAUCUCAUUCAUGGACUGUCUAAAACAUUACCAUACACUUGUGAAACACAGUUGUAACCACAGGUGUCAGAAGUUGGAUACAAGUAAAGCUCAGGUGUCAGAGCUUACACACUACGACUCAAAAGUGAAAACACGUGUCUCUAUACUGUAACUGUCUAUACUGUUUCUAUGAAGUGACGAAACCAAAUAAACCAGUUUAGAGAGCGCAGGUAUGCUAGAAGUGGAUGUCACAGAUAGAUGGAGUCAGUCUGAGGAGCAGUGGGAAAGACUGAGGUGAAGAACACAGUGGGACUCUUGUCUCUGCGUUUACCAUCUUUGCAGAGUGCUUCAUCAGGUGAGACUUGACGGAGAUCUGGUCUGAAUACUGCAACAAUUAAAGCAUCACAGGAAAUCCUGAAAAUGUCACUUUUUUUCCUUUAUCAAAGACAUCUAAACAGAGAAUCUGCAGGUGAACAAUGCUAAACUUGUUUGCUAAGUGUGGCUAACACUAGCAGAGCUAGCAGAAUCAGCCUUCAAUCCCUUCAAUGCAGACCUUACUUGACCUAAUCUCCAUUUUCUGGAUCAAAAUACUGGCAAACCACACUGUGCUACAAGACACCAUGUGACAUUUGUGCUUGUUUAUAUGUGGAUAGGAAAGCGAUACAGUAUUACUGCAAAUUUGUGAUGACUUUUGUUGUGUUUUGACACUAUAACCUACUCACUGAUUGAGGUGGAUUAUCUAUACAGCUUCAGAGUCACAUCAUUACAUAAAAACAAAACUCCAAAGCAAUGAAUCAAAUCCAAAGAAUCUGAAGUUUUCCUGCUUGGGAUUUCCAGCCACGUGUCGUAUCUGCAAAGUGAGCUGGAAUCAGGAGUUCACCUGAUGUUUAUCAGAGUUUAUGUAAGAAAAAAUCAGGUUAAGUGCAUUUUGUCUGUUAUCUGGAUCUGAUCUCCACAUGUUAAAACACGCCCGGAUUCAGUCGAUUGAAACCAUGACACAGAGAGAAUAAGAGCAGCGCUACAAACUGACGCUGCAGAGAGAGAGUGAAAAUCACACAGCAUGCAGCUCUGCAAGAUCAGGAUCAGUGUCAGGCAAAGAAAGAAAGAAAGAAAGAAAGAAAAAGAAAGAAAGAAAUAAAGAAACAUGGACAGUGAAAGACUUAAGUCAAGAAAUCCAUCUGGAGACUCUUUGAUACAAGUCUGAAAAGUCAUCCUAAGGAUAUGAAAAGCAUAGUUAUGAGAUAAAGAGUUAAAACUAUGGAAUUAAAAGUCAAAAAUAUAUGAAAGACAGUCAUAACUAUGUGUCAAAAAGCAUUUUAAAGACAGAAAGAACUUAAUAUUAUGAGAUAAAAAAGGAAAAUUGAGAUAAAGGCUCAAUAUACGAUGGAAAAAGCCAGCUAUUUGAGACAAAAAGUAAGAAUCAAAAGUAAUGUAUGUCAAAAUUAUAAGAAUAAGAUAAAAUAGCCCUAAAAAAUAAGUAAAAAUUUUGAGAAAGUUGGCCAAAAAAUGUUGAUUUAUGAGAAAGUGGGUCAGCUAAUCAACCAAAAGUCAAAAGUUUGAGAAAGUUCAAAGGGUUAGGGCAAGAGCCAUUUAUACUGAUUCUUUUAAUGAAACAAUGAGUUUUGUUUUUUUACAUUUGUUCAUUUCUUGUGUCUUUAAGGAAAAGCAGAGUUUGUUUGAGAUAGUUAGUGUAAUUUUCAAUAGUUUUGGUACAUAUUUUGGUAGCUUGGUAGUUUUGCAAAGUCAGUGAACAGGUAAGACAAGGUGGGGACAGAGGAAAGUGAAUGGUUUUUUCAUUUGUUUUGUUUCUUGCAGAAACACUGAAAAGUCCCAGGUUUGAUCCAUAAAAAUGACAUCUGCGUAAUAUUUCUAAACUAAAAAACUCUGCUGAUGAAUUUAUCCGUGUUUAGCUGUCUCACACCAGGGUCACAUGACUUCUGUGAAGUUUGUCAGAGUUUGUUGUCCUGCCAGCUGAUGUUUUUUUACCUGCUGUACAGUAUGGUAACUGUUCUUAACCUACAUACCAAACCAUCGUUUUAUUUAAUCUUCUCACGCUGCAGGUUGACUCUCCCUGAACUCACAGGUGUGUCUGAGUCAUUCACACUUUGAAAUACACACUUGAUCGCUUAUCAGGUUUGUCACUUUAAGUCGUACAAAAUAAGACACCUGAAGAUGUCACAUUGGACAGAGGAGAGCAGGGAGAGGAGCAGGUGUGUGCUUAUCUGUGUGUGUGUGUGUGUGUGUGUGUGUGUGUGUGUGUGUGUGUGUGUGUGUGUGUGUGUGUGUGUGUGUGUGUGUGUGUGUGUGUGUGUGUGUGUGUGUGUGUGUGUGUCCAAAAAACCAAGGGACAGCUGCCAGAGGGGGAGGAUUGGGGAGAAAAGGAGGGGGAGGGGGACAUUUUUAACCUUCUGCCAGCUGAUCCAGAGUCAGUCUUUGUCACAAGAUAGGAUGUAGAUGGAGGUGAGGACUCUUGAUGACAGUGUUACUGCUCAGUUUAAUAGAGGUUGAGUAUCCAAGUGUGCAUCCUUCUGUUGUGUCUGCCUGCUCUCUGUCUCUCUCUCUAUCACUGUCUCUCGUCCGUCACCUCUUCACCCUGUCCUUUCAGCAGAUGGGCCCUCUGAGGGGCCCCACAUAUAAGUUUAGAGUGGAGAGGGGGAGGACAGAGAGUGGAGGGAUUAUCAUAUUUAAGAAGGUGUGUGAGUGUGUUUGAGUCACUCCCUGUCAGCACUUUCAGCCGCAUGUUGGCCGUGUCAUCAAGAGGUCAUGGGUUCAGAUCCCCUCCACCGACACCACAAACCUCCAACCAAACAGCUGCCUCCAUCAGCACUCCUACACACAUAUGGACCAUUAAAAACAGGCUUCCACAGACUGGCCUGAUUCCGCAAUGAAUUAUCUUUAAACCUGGGGGCCAUAUUUUAAAGUUUUGGGGUUGACAACAUGAAGAAAAGUUGUUUUUGUUGUCAACAGAAUUAGGUUGAUAUUCAAAGUGUUUGGCAACAGAACAAAGAAUCUUUAUUUUCAGAGAAAAAAAAAAUUCUGUUUGAUCACUUCCACCAAACCCCAGUCGCAAAACAACAAUUUUACCUGGAGGAACACAGGAGGUGCUGGCCUACCUCUUCCUUGACAAGUUAUUUUGUUUUUAUGAUUUUGUGACAUUUUUGUUUUUCAAUGGUUUUUAUUAGGCCAACAGAAUACCUAUGUGACACACAUUUAUGCCAAUGGAGGCAGCAGUAGACCAGCAACUCCUGUGGUUUUGAUAUUGUUCCACGUUGAUGUUUCAAGUAACUUUUUUUUAUUUCAGGUCCAAGAAAGUAUUUGUCUUUCUUGUCAACCACUUUUAACGUUUAGAGCCAACAAGUUGUCUAGCUAAUAAAACUACAAUAAUGAUAAUCAACUGGAGGCACUGGUAGACGAGCAACUCCUGUAUUCCCCCAAGAUAAAUUGCUGUAUUUUUUAGCUAUUAGAGCGCUGUGUUUUUUUAAGCUGCCAAACUUCACCAAAUUCACUUCUUACUGGCUUUGACAAACACAGGAGUUGACAUUCUACCUAUACCCCGGCCAGCUGCUUCUUCAAAGAAAUAUACACUUGAAGAAAAACACCUGACUCUUAAAUGCUUAAUUACUCUUGAACUUAAGUCCAGCAGUUAUGAGUUCUUCAUAACAUUUUAAACAAAUUAAGGCACCGGUAGAGCACCAACUCCUGUGUACCUUGAGGUAAACUGCUGAAUUUGUUUGUGGAGUUCUGUGGAGAAAAAAGUCUAAAUCCUACAUGCUUAAUUGCUCUUGAAACUUCUUAAAACUUCUUUAAAAUAUGUGUUUCAUUCAUGAGUGAAAAUAAAGAAAAUUGAGGCAAAGGUAGACCAGCAACUCUUGUGUACUUAAAAAAAUAUAAAACAGGAGUUUUGCGGCUUUAAAGAGAACAAUGUGAGGGCUUUUUUAUGUUUAGAUUCAAUCUGUUCCUAAUGAAUUUACCCUUAAGUCAUGAAACCUCAAGAUAUCCAAAGAAAUGUGUCCUGGUGUAAAGAAAGGAAAGUCAAAUUUAAGCUUUUUUUACUUUACAAGAUUAAAACAUCUAUUGGUACUCUGAGGACAAACAAAGCCAAGUGUAAUAUUUGGAGCAGCCCCAGUCUGUGUGUGUGUUUGUGUGUUUUUUGUUCGGUGUGUGGUGCUGACAGUGGAAGUUGCUGGUUUCCUGAGUUUUGUUGCUCUGGGAGUCAGAAGGUGUCGAACGCCCACCCAACCAGCUGACCGAGGCUCACAUGGGAGCGGGUCAGCUGACUGAGAGCACACAAACCUACACGCACACAAACACACACUUUGAGAGAUCACCAGUUUGUGAGGAAGCAGCUCAGCUUACAGUAAACCUGUGACUCCUCCAACUCAACACAACACAACACAGAGUUAUCAGUCAUGUGACCUGUGGUGUUUUAUUAACCUUUGCCUUCAGUCAGUUCCAUCAGUUUCAGUUUUAUUGUUUCGGUACUCAAGCCUUCAGAGUCCGUUUCAACAUGUGAACAACUUCAUUUUUGCUCAAAGGCUGCUGUCAGACGGUUUCAAACCAGGAUACAUCUCAUCAUAAGACUGUUGUUCAAUGUUUUCAAUGGGUGACAAGUCAAGUCUGCAGGCAGGUCAGUUUAUCAGCAUGACUCUUCUACUACGGAUCCAUGCUGUUGUAAUCCCUGCAGAAUGUGGUUUGUCAUUGUCUUACUAAAAUAUGAAGGUCUUCCCUGAAAAAGUUUUUUUCUGGAUGGCAGCAGAUGUUCCUACUAAACGUUUAGAUAUUGUUCAGCAUUAAUGGAGCCUUCACAGAUGUGGAAGCUACCCAUGACGCUGGAUUCUGAUGUACUGAAUUUCACUUCAGGCCUAGAAAAAUGGCUGGUUACAGUCUAAACCUGCAUUUUAGGAUACAGUGAUAAACUGGGUUCAUAGACACUGGUUUCUGGAGCCCAUGCAGUGAUUUCACAUUUAAAAUUAGCAAAUAUAAUUCAUCAAGAGUAACAUAGGAUUUUCUGUUUCUGUUUGAACAUUUCAUAUGUUGUCUUAUGUGACUUUUUUUCCAAGUAAAUAUAGGCUUUUUAUGAUUUGCAAACCAUCAACUUCUGUUUUUACCAACAUUUUACAAGGCAUCCAAACUUUCUUCAAAUCAGGGUUGUGUGUACCAGUAGUUGUCUUUUAUCUUCUGUGAUAAGUUAUCAUGCAUUCAAAAGCUUUUACUUUUAUCAUGUUUUUCCUGGUUGAGCAGGUGAAAACUGCACAUAAAGUGAUCACUUGUUGACACAGAGAAUAGUAUUUUGUGUAACUUAGGCGCCAUCUGCUGGACACAGUUGAGCGGUACACUCCAUGUUAAUUUGUAUUAUGCUCCUGUCUGUUUAAUGUCAGUUGAAAUUAAGUUUGUGUGACUUUGAACAUUCAUGCAUAAGUCAAAACUUUCCUCUGACCUGUGUCUGUCUCUCCUCCUCAGAUUUAUGUUGGGUAACGGGGUGAAGAGGAAGCUGGGCGAGGGCGAGGAUGGUUUGGAGGAAGGCUUGCGUCCUCUGGCGGCGGCGGCGGGUGUCAUGUCUCCGGCGUCCUUCACGCUGCAGCGUCAAACUGUCCUCAACAUGUCACUCAUGAAACUGUACCACCCGCGUCUCAGCACUGACCUUCGCCUGCAGCGCAGAGUACUUAUCAACAACAUCAUCCGCCGUAUCCACGACGACCUCAGGCAGGAAGGAGGCCUAAGCGCUCUCUUCUUCUCCACUGGACCUGCCGUCUCAGCUGUCAGAGAAGCUAGACAAGCUCCGUCCCCUCCACCUACCUUCAGCAUCCUCUCCUCAUCUCUGUCGGGACUGACGGCGCUUGAUUCCUGCCUGACGCCAGACUCCCUGCUGGAGGAGGACCUGCCCAUGUUCUUCACCCUGCCGCCCUCCUCGUCUUCCUCCCAACACCUCCACCUGCAUCACUCCCCCAGACCGCCCCCACCUCCUCCCCCUCCCUCACCAUCACCUAAAGACAGCUUCUCCUCCGCCCUGGAGGACAUUGAAGAGCUCUGUCCCUCUUCUUUAGCCUCGAGGCCUCCGUCACCUCCUCCUGCUCGGGAGACAUUUGAUGUCAUCAUGAAGGAGGAAGAGGCGGAGAAGGAGGAGAAGGGAUGGGACUUAAGGGAGGCGGAAAAGAGGUUGGAGAAACCACCCCCUCUUCUUCCUCCUCCCACGCCAUCCUCCACGUCCUCCUUCCUCACAGACUUCACUUUGGACGACACCCUUUUCACAGACAUUGACACCUCCAUGUACGACCUCGGCCCCUGUACGCCCCCUUCAGGAGCUCCGCCCACAAAGAUGUCCCCUGUGGUGAUGUCUGGGUACGGGGCAGCAGGGGGCGGGGGUCAGAACCCGCCUUUUAAAAUGGACCUGGCAGAACUAGACCACAUCAUGGAGGUCCUGGUCGGCAGCUGAGAGGAAAGAGGGCGACUUAUUAGAACUUUUUAUAGAUUUUUUGUACAGAUUUUAAGAUUCAGACUUCACACUGGCUUUACUCUGGAGGAUCUAAUCUGCUGCUUAAAGAACUUUAAAACCCUUUAAACGAUAAAGAAGCAGUUUAACUAUGCAGGCUGAACUUCAGGGUCUGGAAGAAAGAAGUCUGCUGGUUCCUUUAUGACCUGAACAGGUUUAAGGGCUGACACUUUUUAAAAACAAACAGGAUAACCUAUUAUCCUCAUUUUGACCUUUCAUUCUGUCGGUCUGGCGUCAGGCGUUUGUAGAGCUCAUUUGCAUGAUUUGCAGUUAAAAAAUUUUUUACUGAGGGCUGUAAAAACCCUCAUUUGUUUGAGCUGCUUUUCCACUGACAGAAAGUUCAACAUGGCUUGGAGUGUUACUUCUUUCACGGCUGUGUAAACAUAAAAUAAUCCAAAAAGCACCCAAUAUCCUACCCCGUUUUGAUUUAAAAAGUUGUGGACCAGUGUUUUUUUCAAAUUUUUCAAAUUCUAAAUUUGGACAGAUUUUCAUUUUUACUGUAAAUGCAGAUCCUUUCCAAAUGUAGGUCUCAUGAACUGCUUAUAACUGGUAUCAGUAUCAGCUUGAGGGGUUACUUUUUACACAGCCAUGUAGUCCCAAACUGACCACAAAGUUGUGCUUCCACAGUAAGUAACCCAGGUUAGCUGUGAAUGACCAUUUAGCUACCAAUUUAUAACAUGGGCAUCAGCAUAUACCUACAGAGGCACUAAACAGCGGACUUUCCCCCUUUGAAUAACGGCAAGGGACCAAAAAUAUGAGUGUUCAGAUUUUGCUGAGGUGUGCAGUGCUGGGAGCAAAGCAUCUUUUCAGCUGCACUGAUUUUUGCGGGAUCAAACAUUAGCUGCUGUUGUUGUGUUCCUCCCAGCUUGUGGUUCUGAAGGUUUUAAUAGAUGGAAUCGCCAAAUCUGGCCUGUACUAACUGAGGUACUGGCCUCUGUUUACAAAGCAGUGAAGUGGCACAAACAAUUACGCUGUGGCUGUUUUCUGGAGUCUUUGUCUUUGGGAAGAGAGAAAAUGCUGAGAGUUGUGAGAUCAAGUCAUGGCCAAGUCUCGAAACGAACAGAAAAGCUUGUUAAAGUCAAAGUUUUGCUGCUCAAUAUGACAGCAGACAUUUAUUUCAUCGAACAAAGCCAACAUUUAACCAACAUAUAAACUCUAAAAAGCCUCCAUAGACCCCCACAAACACUCUGAGGCUGCAAGUUGGUAGACAACCAAAUGCAUCACGUUGGUUUCUUAUGUGACAGUCAUCUAAAAUACUCCCUCUCUGAGUCCAAACUUUAGGCAAAGGUGCUUUAUUUAUGCAUUUGCAUUUUUUGCUUUGGGGAUUAAAUAAAAACAUCCUCUCAGUAAUGACCAGAAACUUAAACAGGAGCUUCAUCUUUGUCUUCCAGGUGAACUCCAGCUUCAGUAAAACCAGUGUGAAGUAUGGUAAUAAAUUUAUGAAUUAUCCCAGAUUGUAAAAAAGGAACAAAAUCAACUUUUUAUUGUUUGUGAACAUUUUUACUAAUGAGAAAAUUAUAAUCGUUGAUCAGUGCCUUCCUCAACCUCACACACUUUUAUGUCCCUUUUUUGUCAUUUAAAUGUAAGACAUGAAAUAAAAGUUUUGUUCCAAAGUGCAGUUCACUCUUCUGACAGCAGGGGGAAACAGCAAGUUCAAAAACACACAUUUAAAGACAUUGAAAGCUCUCUGUUAGUGAACAGGUGUUAAAGGCAGGAUGUUCCAGACCUGACAUCCCAAUCACUACCCACCUAACCAUUUAUUCAUUCAGCUAAAACAGCAGUCAUUCUGACUCUGCUGCCAAGAACGCCUCCAUUCACAUUCAACUGAAUAUGUUUUUAUUCAUGGUUAAAUAUUGACCAGCUUAUUUCACCACAAAACUCAAAGCAAGUUUUUCCCCCAAUGUUUCCUCUAAAUGUCUAAUUAGAUGAAAUAUGUGCCAAAAUCACUCAACAAUUUCGAGUCCAUGUCAUACUUCUAGCCAAAAUAAGACCUAGAAUUUGUGUUCAAAGAAAAAUACCUGCCAAUGGGUUAAGACAGUGGUUCUCAAGUCCAGUCCUCGAGGCCCCCUGUCCUGCAUGUUUUGGAUGUUUCUUUGCUCCAACACACCUGAUUCAAAUGAUCAGCUCGUUAUUAAGCUCUGUAAUGGCUUAAUAAGUAAUGAGACCAGGGAUAAGAAUCUUGCCUGAUUUUGAGCUUUUGCGGUAAAAUAAGCAAACUAAAACUUGUACGUGAAUGUAAAGUUUUAUGUUUAUUUGUCUCUAAGGUGGGCCGAUCAGAAUCCGUUUCUCCUGAUAAUAAUCGGUAUCAUAAUCAUAAAUUAUAACUGUAGUUCCCAUUAAAUGUGUCCACUAAGGCUGAUUAAUUAGUUGCAUUUCAGUUUGACUUCCCAGAAUAAUGGAGAGUAAAAUCCGUAUUAAACGAUAACUGUGCCACCUGA